UUACACCUGUGAGCUGAAUUCGUCGAGCGAGUGUCUAAACUCAGAACACAGCCGAACAGACAUGAAGUCGUCCCGUCUGAUUAGCGUCGCAUCCUUGCUGUUCCUCGGCUGGACGGCCGAAGCUCUGACCCGAGAAUACUUCAACAGUAUGCGUUAUAUGAACUGGCCCCAAGCUCAGCAGUACUGUGCAGGACAGUACAGAGGCCUGGCUGUGGUCACAAGCGUCGAAGAGUACUCAAGGCUCCAGGACGUGUACACUGGAAAUGGCUGGAUCGGGAUGUACAGGAGCGAAAGAAAUGCCAGUGUCUGGCUGUGGGUUGAUGGGAAAGAGCAUCCUUACACCCACUGGGAAAAUGAUCAGCCGAACAACAUAGGGGGUGUACAAAAUUGUGUGUACAUUAUGCAAGACGGCUGGAAUGAUAUUGACUGCCAGAACGUUGCACUGUUUUACUGCUACAGGUCUAUAAUCCUGGUGGAAGAGAAGAAGACAUGGGAGCAGGCUAAUAAUUACUGCAGGGAGCACUACAGCACCAUGGCCUUUCCCGAACCCGGCAAUCCGCUCCAGCUGGCUGAACAGGAGGCCAUGCAGAACCAAACGGUGCGAGUGUGGACCGGGAUACGCUUCCUGAACAGAAACUGGUACUCAGUGGACAGAAAGUUGGUGGAGAAUGUUUUCAUGCCCUCAUGCCCAGGUUUGUCCAACCGCUGUGGAGCUCGGAACAUCAGGACAAACGUCUGGGAGAACCGAGACUGCGACGAGGAGCUUCCUUUCCUCUGCUACUGGUGACUUCAAGAAGUUCCUCAGCAUGAUCCCGAGUGGUUUAUUCCUCUUACGCCACUGCAGUCUGCCUACAAUUAAACCUUUUAUUGAACUUUGCACUUUUGAUUCAUUUCUAGUUAUGAUUAAUGUUGAGGAACAUGUGCGAGGCAUUCCUUCACCAGCUUCUUUCAUUCUCUUUUGAAGUCAAUAAGAAAACAAAUAAUCCGGUCAGAAAACGUUAAAGAAAUCUGACUGAUAUGAAGCUCUGACACUGGAGACUCCUUCCAGAAAUAAAAAGAAAAUACAACAGAAAACCUCACAACCUUAACAAUUAUGUCGCUUUUCUUUUUUUGUUGUUUAAUUAAAUAACAGCCUUCAUUUUAGAGUAUGUAGUAUAUGACUGAGCUGUUACCAUAGAAACCAUAACCUAUUAGAAGGAGUGCAUUAAUAUAAACCUGUGGAUUGCGGCCAUUAAUAAAGAAUGAAUGAACAGCUUCUGACCAGUCAGAAUGAAGAAUUGUUGUUUUGAAUCUGAAAAUUAAACCACAGACUGAUGACGGUUUGUAAACUGGGUGCUGGGGACGUUUGGGACAAAUCCAUUGAUGUAAUAAUAACAAUUAUAUAAUAUGACUUUCUUGUGUUGAAGAAUUGUAGUGAUUAUAAAAUGCAGAAAUGAUGAAAGGCCUGUUCUAUUGACCGAGGCAUGAAGUUUCUGUGCAUUCUACACAUGUUCAUAUGAAUUCUGCUGUUCAGGUUCUUCAUAUGUAAUAAAAACUGAUAGAUGCUUUGAAGGAUAGCAGUAUGUUUAAAAUAAAGCUUAU